UAAUUGUUCCGCUCGCGACCUCGCUCGUUCGCUGCUUGACUAUUCCUGUAGUAUAUCGACUACACCGAGACACGUGCCCGAGAACGAUAUCUAGGGAGAAUCGUUGUAGGAAAUUUCCGCGCGUCUGUUACGGCAAGGUGCAAACUGGCGCGUCUCUUCGCGAGGACGGUCGGGAGCGUCGCUCGCGAAACACGCUCGCCUUCGUCGCUUCCGAGCGAGCCUACACGGUGAUCGGAUUCGAAUGGUAUUCGGUUCACGCGCGACACGGGGAAAGGAUCGCUUUUGGAAUUCCGAUAUCGGCUCAAGUGGGUUACUGGUGUCCCAUUUUUUCCCUAGUCGGGAAAUUCAACGUAUAACUACCGACCACUGAAAUUCAUUUUUUCAAACUUCUCCAUAGAAACUUCAAGAGUGCAUCUAUCGAGGCUGUAAUUGAUUCAUGAUUCAAUUUGCAUAUUGCCAAAUCAAUUUCUUUAAUAACUCCCAGAGAAUCUGCUAUUUUUUUAAUAAUCGUGAAAGGAAGAAAUCUGGAAUGGCAUUUUGACCUGUUCGGUAGUUCUAGUGUCAAAUUGACUUUUCAAAGUUUUUCUAUAGAAACUUCGUCAGUGGUACUAUUGAAAUUUCUAUUGAUUUACAAUUCAGUUUGCCUAUCGCUAAAUCGAUUUCUACAGUCAUUUCUCCGAGAAUUUGUUACUUUUGUAAUAAUUGUAAAAGGAAUCAGACAUGGGCCAUUUUGACCUCUCUGGUAUUUCUAGUGCUAACCAGUUCACUACGUGGGCCUGUAUGCCUGUCAUUUUAGAACCGAAAUUUGCUGUCGAGUAUUCUCGUCACAGAAGGAAAAGAAAUCGCUUGCUCUGGAAUACAUAAUAUAUAUUAUCAAACAAAAACACUUUGUAGCAUACUCGUCGUUGCUCGAUUUCAAUUACGCAUUCCACGAGGGAUUUUUAAAGUAAAUUCCAUUGUUAACAGGUUAACCAUACGUAACUGCGUGCACAAACGAAUUCUUAUACGACGGAAUGUUCGGUAUUUCAGUGAUUAACGUUGGCGUAAAAAGUCAAAAGAUGCAGGCAUUCAAUUUCGAAUAAGUUGAUGUGACGAUCUCGUAGAAUUAUUUGGCCACGGUUGAGGAAAUUGAUGUUUUCCCUGCCAGCAAGGUUUUUCUUUAUCGAAUAACUCGAUCGAUAGGCCAUGGAUGUUGAUGGAGAUCGAAGGUAGGAUUCUAUGUAAACAGUCCUGCUUGUAAACUUGCCGAGCGGCGGUUCAUGCUGGAAGAUUAUCGAUCGCGCGAAGUAUAUUGAUAGUGUCGUAAUCGAACGUGACUUGUGCGACAGUAACUCGUGCCGCGGCACGUUGUACUUAUUACGAGCCUCGGUGCUCACGUGUCGAGCGACAUGUUCGUUUGAGAUUUGACAGUGUUCAGUUAGAAGUUCGUUGCCUCCGAAAUAUCUGCGCUAGUAUCCGUAUUAACCCCUUGGCGUAUUAUUUACUUCCACUACUGAACUCCUGAGCAUUUUACUAUCGACAAUUUGCAAGAAAUGCAUUCAUUUUGACUGAGGAAUCGGGAACCGAGGAAACGAAGGGCAGCAGGGCGCAACGAACGAUACCAAAUCGAUACCAAAAGUGCGUGGGAGAGUCGUUCGUUUUUCGUUUUCGAAAUGACGCGACGAGAGUGUCGCUCGCGGUCCAAUUGAACCACGUGUGCGUGUUCGUGCGCGUAUCCCAUUUGUGGUCGGUACGAGCAGCGGCACAGGAGGAGGAGGAGGAGGAGGAGGAGGAGGAGGAGUAAAAGUGACGAGCGAACAGAGAAAGAUCAAGACGGCCAGGAUGAUGAAGAAGGAGAAGCCGAUGAUGUCGGUUACCGCCAUCAUCCAGGGGACUCAGGCCCAGCAUUGGUCGCGAGGCAACACUUGGUUGAGUCUGGACAACAGCAAUAUGUCCAUGUCGUCAGUGGGGCCACAGAGUCCUCUCGACAUGAAGCCGGACACAGCAACCCUCAUCAAUCCAGGGAAUUUCAGCCCUUCCGGCCCGAAUAGCCCGGGAUCCUUCAACGCUGGUUGUCACAGCAACCUUCUGAGCACGUCGCCGAGCGGCCAGAACAAGACAGUCGCGCCCUACCCACCGAACCACCCCCUGUCCGGCAGCAAGCACCUGUGCUCGAUCUGCGGCGACCGCGCCAGUGGCAAGCACUACGGCGUCUACAGCUGCGAGGGUUGCAAGGGGUUCUUCAAGAGGACCGUGCGCAAGGACCUGUCGUACGCGUGCCGGGAGGAGAAGUCCUGCAUCAUCGACAAGAGGCAACGGAAUCGGUGUCAGUACUGCAGAUACCAGAAAUGCUUGGCGAUGGGGAUGAAGAGGGAGGCGGUGCAGGAGGAACGUCAGCGCACCAAGGAACGGGAUCAGAGCGAGGUAGAGAGCACGAGCAGCCUCCACUCGGACAUGCCUAUCGAGCGUAUACUGGAGGCUGAGAAACGAGUCGAGUGCAAGAUAGAAUCGCAGGAGAACUACGAGAAUGCAGUGUCGCGCAUUUGCGACAAUCAGCUGUUCCAGCUGGUAGCGUGGGCGAAGCACAUCCCGAAUUUUACGUCGUUGCCAUUGGAGGAUCAGGUCUUGCUGCUGAGAGCCGGGUGGAACGAGCUGUUGAUCGCCUCCUUCUCCCACCGUUCCAUCGAUGUGAAGGACGGUAUCGUGUUGGCAACGGGGAUCACCGUCUAUCGGAACACGGCGCAGCAGGCUGGCGUUGGUACGAUAUUCGACCGCGUGCUAUCCGAGCUUGUGUCCAAAAUGCGCGAGAUGAGGAUGGACAGGACCGAACUCGGCUGUCUCAGGGCUAUUAUUCUCUUCAACCCCGAGGUGCGAGGGCUGAAAUCGAUCCAGGACGUGACGAAGCUCCGAGAGAUGAUCUACGCGGCCCUGGAGGGUUACUGUCGCGUGGCCUGGCCCGACGACGCGGGCCGAUUCGCGAAACUGUUGCUACGCUUGCCGGCGAUCCGAUCGAUCGGAUUGAAGUGUCUGGAGUACCUGUUCUUCUUCAAGAUCCACGUGCCGAUCGACGAGUUCCUCGUGGAGAUGCUCGAGUCACGAUCGGACCCUUAGGAGCAAAAGGUGUGCCGCGUGUUGG